CCAAAAAUAAAGACAAAAGGUUUUUAAACGUUUUCAAUGACACAGAAAUAAACAGUGAACAAUACAGUGAAUAAAAGCAGCUUUCAAACUUUGGUUCUGGCUUGUCUGGUCUAGUCAGCCCGUUUUUCUCCCAAUCUUCUUCUUUGAAUCAGCACUAACAAGCCACCGUGACGCCAUCAGGGCCAUGGAGGAGUGUUCCUCCAAGUCUACUAAGAUAUGUAUUGAAAAGACGAUUUUGUUAUUUAAUAAAGAAAGCACUAAAACGACAUUAGAACAUUGUCUGUCAUCUACAGGGAGUAGAUGACAGACGUCCAAAAUGGCCUAAAAUUGUACCGUGAUGUGUUUAGUUCCAGUUCAAAGAAAAGAAUGACAACAAACUUGUUUUAUGGCAGAAAAGAGAAAAGUCUAAACGGAUGUUUUUGGAACAUCCAAUGGAUCGUCUGGAUCAUCGUUGCAGAAGGUAAUGUAUAAACAGCGCCCCUUUGUGGAUUGAUAAAGCUAUGGAUAAAAUUCCUGCGAGUCCAUCCCAGUGAAGCCUGGAGGUUUCUUCCUGCCACACCGAGGGGCCAGACAAGUACAGCGAGGUGGAGUUGACUCCACCCACCAGUGACUGAAAGAAGGAAGAGGCUCAUAUUGCCUGUAAGACAGCGUCCUGGGUAAAUUUGCCGACAUUUCCUGGUUUUCCAUUUUAUGACGAGGAGCUGCUUUGAAUCCUCGUCAGGAAAAUUUCCCCCACAAGUUUUUUAUUUAUUUUUUUAUUUUAUCCGUCUUUCCCCCCCAACAAAUCUCCCUCGUAGUUUCCCGCGUGGCCUCCGCAGGGUGAAAGUCUCCUAAACACGUUCAUGGGCAGUUUUUUCGAGGUACAGGAGAACCAAACAACCAAAUAACCGCGCGUGAACUUUUAUUUUUUUGCAUGCAAGCAAAAAAGAAUGUUAGCUGCGUGUGUUGCGUUUUAGCUGUUAUUAUUAUUCUAUCAGAAUGGAUAAAGCUGAUUUUCUGACUCGCAUCCUGACGACAGGAAACAACUCAACGAUUCUCGGUGGUCAGUCUCCUGCCAGCGUCAUUAACACCCGGAAGUACGUGCCUGUCGCCGCCAGGCCCGGUAACCAGGGUUUUCUGGAUGACGCCAUCCGGACUGCUCUCUGUGGCGAGGACAGAACUGUCGUGGUGGUCGGUCCAGAAGGUUCUGGCAAAACCACCGCUUUGCACAAGCUUCUUGUCGAUUGGGCUAGUGGAGAAUGCCUGCAGAACUUUUCUCAUGUUUUCAACUUCCAGUUUACAAAAAUAGGGUCUUCAAUGGAUGAACUUUGUUUGGAAACUUUAAUCCAACAAGGUUACCAUCAAAGACCCCCAGACUUCACACGUCUGGUUACAGAGGAGCCUGAUGGCGUGUUGUUUGUAUUUGAUGGUCUGGAUGAGUUUAAGCACAGCCUGGAGCCCUCAGUGCACACCCUGACCUCUGACCCUUACCAUCUGGUCUCGGUGUCCUGCCUACUGGCCAGUCUGCUUCACGGGUCCCUGAUGAAAGGAGCCACCUUUCUUGUUGCAACCAGACCCACAGAUGGCAUGAAGUCCAUUGGUGGGAUUCGGUUGGAUGUGUUGGAGUUUCAGAAACCGCAAAGAGAGGUUUACUUUAACAACUUCUUCCCUGACCCCACUGUAGCCAGUGAAGCGUUUCUGCACAUGGAAAGAACUCUGGGCUUUUAUGAUUUUUGUGUUUCUCCCAGGUUUUGUUGGACAGUCUGCUCUAUUUACGAGCGGCUUAUCGAUUCAGGUACUAAACUUCCUGAGACUCUCUCUCAGCUGUUUGUGGAUAUUUUGGUCCACCUGAUUCAGACUCUCUCGCUGAACAAAGAACGCAGUAGAGGGUUAGUGUUGGCUCUUGGCAGAAUGGCAUCUCACUGCCUCCACGACCAACAUUCAAGCUGUUCCAAACACGCCGUUGAUUUCUUUGGUUUGGAACAGAGUAUUACCUCUGUGGAUAGUUUCUUGAGAGUUCACGGUGACGGAGAGCUCUCCUUCCACUCCAAACUGAUGCAGGAGUUUGUCUUGGCUGUGGCUUUCUUUUUGGACCCGUCGACACACAAAGACGCGGAGAAGAUGCUGGAUAAUCACAAAGGUUGUUCAAAGUUUCUAGAUUUCUUUAUGUCAGGGCUCUCUGAGCCUGCCCAGUACAGAUUGCUGGAAGACUCACUGGGAAUGUUCAGCUCUGAUCAGAUUAAAGGUUUUAAAAGCUGGUUUAAAAGCAGCUCAGAGAAAACACUGAAGAAUUAUGACAAAUCAGAACACUACAGAUGUUUCCAUUUGCUGCAUCAAGCUCAGAACGAGAGUUUGGUAAAGGAGAUCCUCAACCCUCCUGCACACCCGUGCAUCUUUCACGAAAACCUGAGUCUCCAGGACUGCGCAGCUCUGAAUUACGUGAUCACAUGUCUGGGCGAAAGGGAAAAGUUGAGUGUUUCCAGAACAACAAUAUUAAGAGAGAUAAUGGAGAUCUUGGCUCCAUCUGUGAGUCUGUCACACACAGUGAUAUUGUCAAGCUGCUCCAUUCAUAAAGACUGCAUCCCUCUGCUGGCAUCAGCUGUCAGCGCGGGCGCCACCAGAGAGCUGAAUCUUUCUCAUUCCAUCCUCGGAGAUGAAAAGUUGCAAGUUCUCUGUGCGGGAUUAAGAGAGGCCAAGCUGCAUGGACUAAAUCUUAGUGUCUGUGGUCUGACUGCGCCGUGCUGUGGUGAUCUGGCCACUUUGCUGACCUCGCAAUCCUUCCAACUCCAAAUUUUACAAAUGAUGUUUAAUCCCAUCGGCGAUCAGGGCUUCACAAAGCUGUGCGAAGCAAUGCACAGUCCAAACUGCAAACUACAGGAGCUCCACGUUCAAAAGUGCGAUUUGACUGCAGCAUCCAUGGAGGCUUUUGCAUCGGCUUUGUGUUCCGGUCAAUCACGGUUGACAAAAAUCGACUUCAGGGGGAACACGACUGGCGACAGUGGAGUUGAAGCUUUAUGUAAAGCCCUCCGACAGCCACUUUGUAAACUGCGGAGCCUCGGAUUGUUUGACAACGGUUUGACAGGUGCAUGCCUCUCCAGUUUGAAGGAGGUCUUCAUGUCUGAACACUGCUGUCUGUCAGAGCUUGACCUGUCAUUGAAUAAUUUGGGACAGGAGGGGGCGCUGCUGCUUUGCCAUGGCCUGAAAUCACCCAGUUGCCCCAUAGAAAUCCUGAACUUGACACGAUGCGAGUUGACCUCAGCAGUCUUCGAUGAACUGGGCUCAGUUCUUAAAAAUGGGACAUGUCAAAUCAAAUCUCUACUUUUAGCCAUCAACAAGGUGGGAGACCAAGGCGUUAAAUAUAUCUGGGAUGCUCUUGCACAUCCAAACUGCUUAUUGGAGGAACUGAGCGUGGAAAUGACCGGAUUGACAGAUGCCUGUGUUGAAGACCUGUGUGCUGCUCUCAGAGCCAGUCAUACCCUGAAACUCCUGGAGCUGAGAAACAACUCUCUCACUGACGCUGCUGUCCCUGCGAUUGUCCAAGUCAUGAAGGAAAAACAAAACAUGAAGGAGUUAAACCUGAAGUAUAAUGACUUCAGUGAAGAUGCUCUUGAAAUGUUAGAUACAUGUCACAACAUUAGAUACUGAAGAAAUCAUUUAAAGUUCCACCCAAAAACCUGAAGUGACGCUCAGACACAAAUACCAUCUAAUUAUAACAUAAAGAAAGUAUCCGUCCCCUUAGAGUUUUCUUUUUGUUGUUCUUUUCACUUUUUUGUACUAUCAACACAAGAACAUGUGGUUACAGAAGCAGGACCAGCACCACACAUGUUGAAGUUUGUUCUAAAAGUAAAAAACGUGUACUUGGGGGAUGUGUUGGUUUUGUUUUAUGCAAACUACUUAAGAAAGUGAUCCAUUUGAAUGUCACCUUUUAAAUGAAGAACAUUUAAUAAUGGGGGCUGUAAGUGUUAACUUGAGGCUUAUGAAACUACCAUUCAUUAAAGGAAAGAUCCAACUCUACAAUCACUGCAUUUAUUGCACUUUUAUCAAGAAAACUUUGGGAUGUUUGACAAUUUAAAUCAAAAAGCACUGAAGCAUUUGUCACUGUAAUACAACAAAUUCUUUGGAAGCAGUGAUUUGUUUCACAGCAGUCAUUGUCCAUAAGAAAAUCUAUUUACAAGCAUAAAGCAUUGUAAGCAGCUCCCCGGUUGUCGCAUUCCUCACACAUUUCUUGUGUACUCGAGAGAAAAACACUACACGUAAACAUUUCAAGUGUCCAAGGGUGUGCACUAACCUUGGAGUUUAACAUCUUAGCACUCUUUGUAGGAAACAUAAUUCAAAGUUUAUUGUAAUAAGGCGCAGAGUGAGUCUCACCUGUAUAACUGAAAGAAAAACAUGAUUGGAAUAAAGAAUGGGUCCCCUCUCUUCUCAGUGGUCAUGAGUUUCUCCAUUGAGGACACCGGUGUGGCUGCUGUCC